AUGUGGACUGUUAUACUGCAGUUCCUCCGCCUCAAUUCCCGUUAUAUUGCCCUCCCAUUUGCUGUCGUUGUGGGCUGUGUCGGGUUGAAUAUCGAGAAGCUACUUCGAAAUCAGGAGGACAUUUCCAGUGUCAAACACGCUCCGAAGCAGACCGUAGCAGAUGCACGUCUAAAACGCCAGAUUGAUCUUGAGUUGUCCCCAUCCUCUGAUCUUGCGCCUCCUCAGGAUGCACCUCCUCCUUGGAAUGAAUUAAUGUUUGACAGAAAUAAACGGUGA